AUGCUGAGACCCGGAUUCUUAGUGGGCUUGCUGGCCCUCGUGGCCGUGCUGAAGAUCGCGGACUCGAAUCGUUGUCUGACAAUGCUGGAAGAAGUCAAUCCAAAGAGAGUAAUCCAAUAUGAAGGUCAUUUUUUAAAUAUUCCGUUCGAAGUGUCGAGGAGAGUGACACAGAGAUUAGCGUCAGAAGUCAUGAAGAUUUUUCUGACCGAAGUAUUGGGGUAUACUGGAGUAACCAUUGUCGAGAAGGAUGACAACUUCAAUGCGUCUGAAGUCUUUGAGAGACUAUCUGAAAAGCCAACAUAUACCGAGUUCAAAAUAUUUCCAGAAAUAAUGGUGAACAUGGAAGUGUGGAUUCCGCCACAGCAGGACACGUCGCCACUGCUAAGUAAAUACGACGUGAAAGAAUGCGGCUCGAUAGCGCCACCGGGUCACUUUGGCUGGUUUGUUCCGGAGACAUUAGCCAGACCUGAUGAUAGUUGGCUAAUCUUCUCCAAAUUAGAGACUGCUAGCAGGUUCGCUGUCGACGAGACAUACCUACCUAUCGUUAAGAAAUUUAUGAUAAAUACACAAACGGGGGAAUAUUACUGCCAUGAAGCUUUUUGCCAACAUGGGAUGUACAUCCCGGUACAAUGUCACGGCCAAGGCCAGCAAAGGUCGCCGAACUGCGCGCUGCUGCUAGCAGAAUACUCUGAUGUAACUCGUUUCAUAAAAGAACAUAUCGAUCAGAUGAAGCUCUAUGUUAAGGUGGCGUGGGUAGGACCGAAUCUCAAACAUCUAAUCAAAUAUUUAACCAAGGAAUACGAACACGUGCUCGCGCAGAACUCAUCGGCUUCCAUCGAGAACAGAUCACUGGUGAUUCUGCACUAUACGCCCAGCAGCGUGAUCCCGAACGAAAGGGAAUUUACAACGAUCGACUUUCCACGUUGCGGAAUGAAAAACGAUUCGAUCGGCUGCAUGUAUGAGUCCAACAGACUAACAAAAUUAGUGUGGAGUAGAUUAGAAGCGAUAGCGAAGAUCGCUUUUCAGGCGAUAAAUCGCGCUAAGUUUACUCGAGAGAUGUAUGAAAUUUUGAUCACACGUCGUUUACAAGCACCAAUGAACGUCUCGGAUGAACAAAUUGCCUGCGAUUGGUUAAAUGAUAAUCUGAAAUAUGUCCUAACAGAAUGGAAGCCCAGCAACGACGACAAAAAUACCCUUUAUGUAGGUGGUAUAUUUCCCAUGAGCGGCAAUUCCUACAUGGCCAAAUCGAUCGUGAUCGCCGCUAAAAUGGCGAAGGAAGUCAUCAACGUUAACAAUACCCUGCUGAGAGAUUACAACUUGACUCUAUUAGCCAGUGAUGGUCAAUGCAAGUCCGAUAUGGUGAUGAAAUCCUUCAUCGAUUAUAUCAUACAUAAUUAUUACCAAAAGCUGGUUGGCGUAUUAGGGCCUGCUUGUUCGGAAACUGUGGAGCCGUUGGUCGGUGUGUCGAAACACUAUAGAACAGUGAUAAUCAGUUACAGCGCAGAAGGAUCUAGUUUCGACGAUCGCACCAAAUAUCCGUAUUUCUUCAGGACCAUUGGUGAGAACAAACAGUAUAAACAUGUCUACGUGCAACUCUUGCAGAGACUAGGUUGGCAUCGAGUUGCUUCAUUGACAGAAGAUGGACAGAAAUAUACCGAGUACAUAUCAUACAUGCAGGAUAUGCUCAGAGACAACAGCAUCGAUUUUGUGGCGAACGUCAAGUUUCCGAGAGAGCGAGAAGCUGACGUCAUGACAAAAUAUUUGCAAAGUUUGAAAGAAAAACGAGCAAGAAUUAUUAUUGCAGACGUAUACGGUGAAGUAGCUCGUCAAGUCAUGUGCGAAGCAUAUAAACUAGAGAUGACAGCUGUCCAGGGCUACGUCUGGUUUCUUCCGCUUUGGCUUCGAACACAAUGGUACGAUACCGAUUAUUACAAUGAGGAAGGCGAACAAGUGCCUUGCACCACGAAUGAAAUGAUGAAGGCCAUAAACGGACAUCUCGGUCUGUCGCACGCAUACUUCGCUCGAGAUGACGAUAUAAUGCAGGAGGGAAUCACUGUGCGUGAGUGGCGUGAACGUUACGAGAACAUCUGCCGAACGUCGAAUCAGCAACCCUCUAACUACGCCGGUUACGCCUACGACGCCAUGUGGACCUACGCUUAUGCUAUGGAUCGACUUCUCCGUGAGAACCAUAGUUAUGUCUUCGAUCUUCACAGCGACCAUACGGUCAAUCGCCUAACGCAUAUUAUCGGCGAAACCGAUUUUUAUGGGGUAUCCGGAAGAAUAAAAUUUCUAGGCGGACCAUCGAGAUACUCUGUUAUCAAUAUUGUUCAGUUUGUCGAUAAUGAAACGAACAUUGUUGGUAACUUUUAUCCAAAUAUCUCCGAAGCCAAGCACGAAGUAACGGGCGGCACUUUGGAAUUGAAUAUUUCAGCUUUUGUUUGGUUAUCGGAGACAAUGCCUGAUGAUGGUUCCGAGCCUCCAUCAAGAUGUGUUCUAGGAGGAUUGGCGGAACUGUUAGAUGUUUCUUGCGAAGUAGCGAUUGUGAUCGCUAAUAUCAUUGGUUUUGGCCUUCUUGGAGCAGUUUUGAUCGUCAGCUUCAUCAUCAUUAAACGAAACUAUGACAAAAAAAUGCAGAUUCAUGAAAAAUACAUGAAGUCUCUGGGUAUCCUAUCACAGAUAGAUACUUCUAGUUUGGAUGUAUGGGAAAUUCCGCGAGAUAGAGUAGUGAUCAAUCGAAAAAUCGGAGAGGGAGCCUUCGGUACCGUUUACGGUGGUGAAGCUUUCUUUUCUGAGAAGGGCUGGCUCGCUGUAGCCGUGAAAACUUUAAAAGUCGGUAGUUCAACUGAUGAAAAACUAGAUUUCCUUAGUGAAGUCGAGGUCAUGAAAAAAUUCGAGCAUUCGAAUAUCAUUAAAUUAUUGGGUGUAUGCAUCAAGUCUGAACCUGUGUUGACUGUGAUGGAAUUUAUGCUUUACGGUGACUUAAAAACCUAUCUAUUGGCCAGAAGACAUUUGGUCAACGAUCGAAGCUACGAGGAUUCCGACGAGAUAUCGAAUAAAAAAUUGACCGCCAUGGCAUUAGAUGUCGCCAGAGCACUCAGUUAUUUAGCGCAAUUAAAAUACGUUCACAGGGAUGUUGCCUCGCGCAAUUGUCUAGUAAACGCCCAACGGGUAGUAAAACUUGGUGACUUUGGUAUGACAAGACCAAUGUACGAAAACGACUAUUAUAAAUUCAAUCGAAAAGGUAUGUUACCAGUAAGAUGGAUGUCGCCAGAAUCGCUAGCACUGGGUAUUUUUACGCCAGCGUCUGACGUCUGGUCUUACGGAGUACUGCUCUACGAGAUUGUUACAUUCGGUAGCUUUCCUUUCCAAGGGAUGAGUAAUAAUGAGGUACUCACGCAUGUAAAGGCUGGCAAUUGCCUCACUGCGCCGAAAAAAAUAAAACUACAGCUCGAAAAUUUAAUGUAUUCCUGCUGGAAUAUAGAUCACUCGAAAAGGCCAUCGGCACCGGAGAUCGUUGAUUUCCUGGCGUUGAAUCCUCGUAUCAUUGCACCCUGUCUGGACGUGCCCCUGUCGAGCGUGCAAUUAGAGCACACUGCGCAACUCGACAUACAACUAUCAGAGAAUAAUCGGAAAUUUUCCCUUUUGUGGCAACGUCAAUCUUCGCAAACACAGGGACUAAAGAUUCCAAAUUCACCAACUCCGCUUCUGCUUGACUUGAAUGGGCAGGACGACGAUCAAACUUUGGAUUCCCUGAUUAGUCAAUCUUGCGAGCAGGACAGUUCUAGUCCUUUACUGGAUUCCACAAGAGCCUCUGUCAUGAAGCAAACGUGGCUUCACGGAGAUUCUGACGUAAAAAACAAAGAGCCUCACAAGUACGUUAAUCUUCAACCGAGUAUGUUGAAGAUAUCCUGUGAACCUGGCAGAAAUGGUAGCGCCGGGAAUAUUCAAAUGGAAGAAAGAACGUCCAUGCUGCUAGAGAAGAAAAACACCGAUAAUGUGUCAAUGCUCUGACGCAAGUAGACGAUUUCAUGAAGAAAUUGGAAACUAGUCAGGUGCCUAAAGGUACAUUCGAUUAAAGAUAAAUGACUGUAUAAGAGGUCAAGGUCAGAAUCCAUAAAGACGGUGAUCAUUCCGGAAUGAAGCAAGAAAGUUAAUACAUGAAUGAAUUUCAAGGUAUUCGCCUUUGUCGAAUGUAAUCACAAGGUCGUACUAAAAGAUUCUUUGAAUCGAGAGAGAAUAAACUCUCUCUGAUGUGGCAUUUUAAUUAAUUAACCAGAUAUUUCCUUGGAUUUUUUGAACAAUGGAGAAAAUAUGUUAAUCUAAUUAAUUACGAUAAUUCAAUGAACAUUUUCUCUCUUCUUAGAGAAUUCCUAUUGCGGGUAGAAUUCCUAUUUGAGUAGAGCGUCCUGAAAUAUAACGAAAUUCGGUCUCAAAUGAAUGAAAAAACUCAACGAUGAAGCUUAAGUACCCGCAAAAAAAUGGUAGAAUGUAAAUUAUUUAAACAAUAAGAUCUUACUGAUAACACGUAUCUUUUUAUGAAUACGUCAUAUGCGCUAAUGUGAGCCAAAAUUAAAACAUAAAUACCUUAAGCAGCUUAAAACAAGAAGAAAUUCAAAUAAAAAUAUAAAAUUGAAAAACAUAUAUAAAAUAAAGAAAAACAAGAAUAUCGAUCUAAAUAACUUAAGAUUGAUAUAGAAAGCAUGUAUAUUACUCGAGACAACUAGUUAUCGACGGCGAAAUUAAACUACUUUUGAGACUGACUUCCAUUGCGAAAUUAAGUCGCAUCAUCUGACCGUCACAGACACGGAUGACCGACAUUAUUCGUCAUCGCAGGCAAGCAACCAAAGGGUACAAAAGAGAAGAGCUGCUUCUCGUAAAUGCGGAUUUCGCGACGAAAGCAGAAAAGACGAUCGACGUCGGUGCAUCCUUCAUCCAGCAGUCCUGUCGUCUUCUGCUCAAUGCAUCUUUAAGACUGACUCUCGAGAUGGAAGGGACGCAUCGUAUAUAUCGUUCUUUAUCCUUUUUCCUCUAUUUUUGAUUCGAGUCAUGUUUCGAGAGAGAAAGCUAGCGCAUUUGAAUAGAUCCAGUGUUUUGCGAAUGGCGACGUGUUCGUGUGACCAUGACAUUUUUUAAAAUCAGUAUACAUAUAAAAAAUUCGGUAAUUUUCCUCCCUCCUUUAACCCUUUCACUACCUAGACGUUUUUUUUAUUAUUUCAGUAAUUUCAAUUAAAG